UGAAAUGGACCAUGAGCCAGACUUAGGACUCCGGCCCUCCAAAAAGGAGUAUGAUGAAACAACAGAUCUGAUACUGGAUCAGGAGCCGGCUCCUCUUGAGUUCUCUUCUCUCUUAAACGGGGAGUGGAGGUACAAGUUCCCCAAAUGGUGGAGUUUCUUCAAGGUGUCCCCUACCUUCGGGUUGCUACUAGUGGGGAUGUCGGGUGUUACGUACGGGUGUCAGUCGGCUGCUAUCAAAUACGUGGGACAUCUUCCAACCGCACAGGUGAUAUGGGGACGGUUUCUGAUAAUCCUAACUGUGUCCAGUAUCCUGUGUAUUUCUAAAGGAGAACCUCUCUUUACUAAAAUAGCCGCGAGAUGGGAGAUUAUCUUCAGAUGUGUGUUUGGGAUUCUCAGUUUUCUCUGCUCUACGUACGCUAUACAGCGUCUUCCAGUUGGAGAAGUGACCGUCAUAAUCUCCAUAGCCCCCAUCUUCACAGCAAUAGGUUCCAAACUGAUGCUGAAAGACAAGUUCAUGCCUGUCCACUUUGUGUGUAUAAUCCUCUGUAUAGCUGGAGUUAUCAUGGUUGUCGACCCCAGGAGGUUGAUGAAACAUGCUUCUCUAGACCUACUGGCAGUUUCAGUGGCACUGCUACAGCCAGUCUUUAAAUCUCUAGCGUACAUCUUUAUCAAACGGUGUAAUAAUCAGGGUAUCCAAUACCACGUGGUAUUGUUCUACUACUCUUUAGCCGGGUUCGCAACAGCUUCUCUCUCCAUCAUAGUGACCGGGUUCUUCCUUCUCAUCAGCGGACACAGCGUGGACAGUGUUCUACAACAACCCUCUCAUAGUGACAACCUGGCACUGGUCCUGGCAGGACUGUUGGGAUUCAUAGCACAGUACGGUAUCAACAAAGGAGGCAUGUUAGCUAACACUACCAAGUGCAGUCUUAUCAGGAAUAUUGACGUUCUCAUUGCUUUCAUCUUCCAGAUAUUCAUGUUCCAUCAGGUACCGACAACAAUACAAGUGAUAGGAAGUGUUAUUCUGCUCUCUUCGACCAUUCUUGUGGUUGUCUGGAAAAAUGAUGGCUGCGAUGUCAUUUGCAGCAAGUUCAAGUUAGUAGCAUCCACGUGAUAUUUGUAUAAAUAUGUUUUUGUGUACAGUUAUUAUUGGAAUAUAAUUAAAUUUUCAUUUGCAUUG